AUCAUAAAUUGUUGGGGGUGUAAAUAUAACAAUUUACAAUCCCAAACCCCAAUAUACUUCCCAUCAUCCCAAGCUCGAUUGGAAAAACUGAACUCGCCGGGAAACACUGCCGGCGUUACUCGUCAGCCGCCUCAAACAGAAUCACGUCGCCGGGCUGAAGGAAUUGAUUUCUUCUUUUAAUUUCUAUCUGAGAAACAUGUUGAAGCAAGCAAUUGGCAGAAUUUGCAGAACCAAUGCGUAUGCUUGUGAAGGAAACAAAGUUUUGCCAUGGAGUUAUGUGUCUUCAUGUUGUUUCCACAAUGGACAAGCACAUAUGGCACCUAGAAGCUUUUUCGGAGUAGAGGAUUUUGUUGAUGAUGACAACAGCCGACCUUAUACAUACCAAAAAGGGAAGAAAUCCAAGAAUCCAAACAAGCAUAUAUCAUUCAAACAAAGAACAGUUGCCUACAUGGAGCCUUUUACACUUGACGUAUUUAUCUCAAAACGGUUCGUAUCAGCUUCUCUAACUCAUAGAGUGACAAGCAAACAGGUUGCCGUUGCAGGUACCAACUCCAAGGACAUUAAAGCUGUUCUUAGAUCUCGGUCAGACAUACCAGCAUGCAUAGCCAUUGGUAGGAUUUUAGCGGAACGAGCGAUGGAAGCUGAUGUUUACACUGCUUCUUAUACUCCAAGGGAUCGGGAUAAGUUUGAAGGGAAAAUCAGAGCUGUAGUUCAAUCACUUAUUGAUAAUGGAAUUGAUCUCAAGGUUUAUCUUGAUUGAGUCACACAAUCUUUUAAAUAAAACACUACCAGCCCAUUUGUGUGUUUUAUUAUGUCCAUGUAGCUUGAUAAUUAGUAAUUGGUAUCAAUAUUAGUAUUGUGAACUAUAAACUAUGGCAUAAUGAAUGUUAUUUUAUUUUUAUAUAUAGCCCAUGAUAACCAUCUUCUA